CCGCCCCCAUGGUCCCAGAGCAGGUCCCCGCCAACCACAGCACCCCGGACUGGGGGUCGGGGCCGCCGCGGGCGCCCGGGGGCAGCGGCUGGGUGGCCGCCGCGCUGUGUGCGGUCAUCGCGCUGACGGCGGCGGCCAACUCGCUGCUCAUCGCGGUCAUCUGCGCGCAGCCCGCGCUGCGCAACACCUCCAACUUCUUCCUGGUGUCGCUCUUCACGUCGGACCUGAUGGUGGGGCUGGUGGUGAUGCCGCCGGCCAUGCUGAACGUGCUGUACGGCCGCUGGGUGCUGGCGCAGCGCCUCUGCCUGCUCUGGGCCGCCUUCGACGUGAUGUGCUGCAGCGCCUCCAUCCUCAACCUCUGCCUGAUCAGCCUGGACCGCUACCUGCUCAUCCUCUCGCCGCUGCGCUACAAGCUGCGCAUGACGCCCGCGCGCGCCCUGGCGCUGGUCCUCGGUGCCUGGAGCCUGGCCGCGCUCGCCUCCUUCCUGCCCCUGCUGCUGGGCUGGCAUGAGCCGGGCCGCGCGCGGGCGCCCGCGACGGAUCAGUGCCGCUUGCUGGCCAGCCUGCCCUUCGUCCUCGUGGCGUCGGGCCUCACCUUCUUCCUGCCCUCCGGCGCCAUCUGCUUCACCUACAGCAGGAUCUUGCUGGCCGCCCGCAAGCAGGCCGUCCAGGUGGCCUCCCUCACCACUGGCACUGCCGGCCAGGCCUUGGAGACGCUGCAGGUGCCCAGGACCCCACGCCCAGGGGUGGAGUCAGCUGACAGCAGGCGUCUGGCCGCCAAGCAUAGCAGGAAGGCCUUGAAGGCCAGCCUGACCCUGGGCAUCCUGCUGGGCAUGUUCUUUGUGACCUGGCUGCCUUUCUUUGUGGCCAACAUAGUCCAGGCCGUGUGCGACUGCAUCUCCCCUGGGCUCUUUGACGUCCUCACAUGGCUGGGCUACUGCAACAGCACCAUGAACCCCAUCAUCUACCCGCUCUUCAUGCGGGACUUCAAGCGGGCCCUGGGCCGGCUCCUGCCGUGUCCGCGCGGCCCCCGGGAGCACCAGCCGGGCCUCGCCUCGCCCUCCGUGCGGACCUCUCACAGCGGCCCGCGGCCUGGCCUGAGCCUGCAGCACACGCUGCCCCUUCCCCGGCCGCCAGACUCGGACCCGGGCUCGGACCCGGGCUCUGGGGGCCUCUCUGGCCCGCGGCUCGCGGCCCAGCUGCUGCCACCUGGCGAGGCCACCCGGGAUGCCCCCCCGCCUGCCAGGGCCACUACGGCAGUCAACUUCUUCAGCAUCGAUCGCACGGAGCCCGAGCUGCGGCCGUGUCCACCUGGGACCCCCACGAAUUGAUGCGGGCUUGGAGAGCUGGACUGGAUGGGACCAGGACCCCCAAGGCCUUGGACCAGCUCUUGGCUAAAACCAGGAGGCUCCAGGUCUUCCGGGGAGCCUUCUGAGCUCCAGUGGGUUGCACUGAGUCAGCACCCCACUGCCCACUGUGGGUCUCCAACCUGGAGGCCUAGUCGCUGGCUUCAGGACAGUUUUCUCCAGGAGGUGUCACUGCUGAGUGUAACUGGUGGGUGUGUGGAGAGCGAGGUUGGAGGACUCCUGGGAGUGGGGUAAGGCCCUCUUGGUCCAGCUUAGGAUGCUGUUAAUCAUCUCCCUUGCACAUCCUAUCAGACUGCGUGGGAGCCAUGCCUCUGUCUGCAGAGGUGGCUCAGUGCUGGGCCAGAUCCCUUGCUCUGCGGGCCAUGACCAUCAGCAUCAGGUCCCGGGAGUCUGUUAGAAGUGCAUGUCCCUGCCCUACCCCAGACCUGCUGGUUGCCAGGUGAAUCGUGUGCACAUUAUGGUUUGAGAUGUGCUGGCUCAGGGGAUCUUUAACCCUGACGAUGGCUGGCUAGACAGUUUUCAGACCAGCUGCUCUCAGGAUUCACGUGCUGCAUAGCAAACAUCUGAGCCUCGGAGUCAGGCAGGCAAAGUCUGAACCUCCGCUUCACCGCUUUCCAGCCCGUGUACAAGUUACUUAACUGCUCUGAGCCUGGCAUUCCACAUGCAAAUGGGGAAAUGAUGCCUGCCUCCUCGGGCAUUCCGGGCACAGAAUGCCCAGCACUCGGCAGGUGGUCAAUGGGUGGUCCCUGCUGUUGUUAUCCACCCCCUGGCCUGGCAGAGGGCCAGCAAGGGCCACUUGUUCCCACUUUCUUACCCCCACCGUCCUCCUCCUCUUCAGCCCCGGCCCACAGCCCACGAUCUGACUGUCUCCCCAACUCCUCCCUAGACUGCUGCCCUGCCCCUCCUGGGGGCACAUGGGUAGCUGCUGGGUUCUUGCUCAAGAUCAAGGAUGGGUGUUCCCUACCGUGGGCUCCCUUGGGCCUAGAAGGGAACCAUCUGAUGAGGACAGAACCAGUCCCUCUCCCGCUGCCUUCUGGCCUGCCCUGGGGUCAGUGAGGGAAGCGGGCGUGGGCGCUGGGUCAGCAGAGUUGUAGGGGAGCAUCCCUGGUUCGGGGGGGCCCUGGGGGAGGCAGCUGGACUCUGGCGCAGGACUUGUGUUUUUCUUUUUUCUGACGGGGAGCUCUUGGUUCCCAGAGUUCACCGCUUUAGGUCCCUUUCCACGCUGAGGUUUUUCUUCCUCAUCGCCUGCCUCCCUCCCAUCCCCCCACCAGUUCUAUCCACCCCAACCCCAGGGGCCUCCACGGGCGGCCUGGCGCCCUCCGAGGUGCUGAGCAGACUCCGUUCUGGCCAGGCCACUGACUGCAGAAGGGCCACGGUGCUUGUCGGGGCUCCCUCUCUACCCCCAGGCCUGCCCCGGUGGGCGCUCAGUAAGCCCGAGCUGAGCCAGUGACUGCGGGGUGGACGGAACCUGCUUGAAGGGCCACUCGGGCUGGAGAAGCCGCUGGUGAGGUGGGAGGAGACUCCGGGUGUGGGCGCCCUGUGUUCUGCCCGAGCUUGCUCUGGGGCCUCAGCAAUGUCCUUUCCUCUUGCGGGGCAUCGGUCUUCCACGGGAGACCUGAGCGGUUUGGACCAACAGCAGCAGGGGUUCUGUGAAUAUUUGCUGAAGGAACGAAUACACACCCCCCUGAGGACCAGUUCCGCUCCGGCACUCCCCGCUUCUCUCCAGUCCCAGCUGCCUCCCCUGGGUUUGUCAGUCUUCUCGGCUGGGCUUCGGUUCCGAAUGCACAGUGCGGGAGGGGAAGCGUCUCUGGCUCGGCCACUCAGGGCCAGUGGGAGGCCCAAGGAGGAAGGUUGCAGGGAUGCGCUAACUGUGACUAAGAGCUCGGGCUCUGGAGGUUAACUGGCUGGCUUUUGAGACUGAUCACCUGUGUGAUCUCGGCAGCUUCCCUAAAUGCUCUGGGCCUGACAGUGAAAAUGAAGACAAUACUAGUACCUACCUCACUGGGUUAUUACGAGGGUCAACUGAGACAAUC